GCUAGACGACAUGAGCAUGAAAUGGCUUUUUCAGCCUAACAGGCACGCUUCAGAACAACCCCAAUCAAAUACAAAGCUUGUUACGCCCGAACAGUUCACCUUCACUUGGACUGUAAGGGAUUAUCAUGAAGUGGCUGAUCUCUAUCCGACUGGUAGAUGGUUUUAUAGUGACAGUUUUGUUGAGCCAAGUAACCCUCAGCCCUCAAAGAUCUAUCUAUGGCGUAUGUGCAUGUAUCCCAACGGUGUUUCUCAAAAUGACAAGAAUUAUAUAGGUUUAUUUCUUAAGGCCAUUCCAAAUGAUCAUGAAAGAGACGGUAAUUCUUCUGGUAGAGAGAGAACCUAUGCCUUUGAAGUGUACCGAAUAGAGUCAACUUCUUCCUCGUCACCAUUAGGUUCUGCCAAUAUGCCAACUCCAGUAUUGUUAAAAAAUGAGAAGUUUUCAAAAACGAGAUUUGGAUUUGGCUCUGAUCAAGUAUUUGGUCGUCGGCAAUUCCUGAAAUUAUCAGAAGUCUACCCUGAUUCAUCGAGCAAGUUUAAUUUGAUAGUUCGUGUACGUAUUACCAACGAAGAGAAUAAUGCUAUGAUGCCCUCCGUAUCGGAUGCGCCUCAUAGUGAAUUUCCAUUGGCCAUCCAAAUUCCAAAAUAUUUUGACGAUGAUCGUUUUUGUGAUGUAGAAUUCACCUUUCAAUGUGGAUCUCGUAUCCGAGCACAUCGAAUAAUCUUGGCAUCACAAUCGAAAUACUUUGAAUCGUUAUUAAGUGGACAAUGGGUGGAGAGUCGAAACAAA